UGGGGACCAGUCAAAAUUGAAAUCUGAUCUGGACCAGUCAAAAUCUGCAUCCAUCCUUGCUUGAUCCUUGAUGGCCGUUGUUCCGAUUGGAGAGCUGCACUUUUUGAUGGUAUCCAAGGCCAUCCUUGUACCAUACCCAUCAUAUCUGAAUGGUCCCGGGCAUCAAACAUUGCAACCAGGUGAUACUAGCUAGUAGUACAACACACACGAUUACUUACUUCCAGUGCCAUCAAGCCAACCCAACCCAACCCAACCCAUCUACCCAACCAGCCAAUAUAAUACCCAAGCAAAAAUGAGUCUCUUGACAAGAUCCAUCCGCACUGACUUGAUUAGACUUCUAGUGGUACCACUUGUCCUACUACAUGUAAUACUGUUGCCAACACAAGUGACAUCCUUUGUCCUGAUUCCCAACAGUAAUAGCAGAAGCCACCAUCAUCGGGUAUCAUCCACGUCACUGGCAUCCUCUACCAAACGACCCAAGCAUAAUAAUAAUAAGAAUACCGGUACUGGCAAGAAGCAAUUUACACUCCAGGAUUUGAGACGGGAAAUUGAACAAAAGCCGGCGUCCUUUCUUCCCGACAAUACUAAUAGUAACGGUGAAGCCAAAAAGUCCAAUUAUCGUCGUUCCCGAAAACGAGCUCAAAAUCCAAAACAACAAUACGUCUAUGCCAAGCAGCGCCAACAACAAAAUAAUAAUAAUAACAAUCAGCAGCAGCAAGAUGACACAACGACGCCGGUAACAGCAGCAAUUGCAAUAGUAGAACCACCCCUGGCGGUUACUUUGGCCCGGGAUUAUGGAUUGACGCAACCCGCAUCGCAACACUGCGAUGCUCUCGUCGAUACCCAACCCGUCAUUUUGGGACAAAUCCGAGUGGAACCCGAUGAUGAUGAUACUACUACUACUAGUACUGCCAAUACGAAGAGUGGUUCUUACGCCUACAUUAUUGACAAACCGGCUGGAUGGGCCAUUCUGGGAGGAGCACCCAACAACAAGAAGGCAGCAACGGUGGACGAUGAGGAGGAUUCCAACACAAUUCCAGAAAAAGCGUCUUCAACUGGCAAGAAACAAAUGACGACGCGUCUAGAAAUUACAGAUGAGGAUGGAUCCAGAGAUGUCUUGGAGUACAAUGAAGCUGACUUGCUCGCAAUCAUGACACCCGAAGAAGUCGAACAGUACAAGGCCGAAACCAUAAUGGCUGCAGAGGAUGCAAAGUCUAGAAAGAUUACCACCCAAAAGGUCCAAGUCAGAGUUGAUCAGGACACGGACGAUGAGGAAUUCUUAUUCUUGGCAGAAGAAGAAGAUAAAGAAGAAAUGGGUGAAAUCGAGUUGCAAGAAUUGGAAACCAUUGAACAGGAAGAACGAGAAAUCUUGAGUGCCAUGACGCAAGAAGAGCUGCAAGAGUAUGUACAAGAGGUGGGGCCUCUGCCGGAACACUUUCUUCGGUAUCAACGGCUACAACAGCAGCAGGCCGAGGACGUGCCCACUCCACUACUAGAUUCCAUUGACAAACAAGCAGACGACGAGACCACUUCUUCCCAACAAGAGCAACAAAUAACACGUCUGGAAAUCACUGAUGAGGACGGAUCUAUGGAUGUCCUCGAGUACAGUGAAGCGGAUCUGUUGGCAGUCAUGACUCCGGAAGAAGUGGAAGAAUACAAGGCAAAUGAACCAGCACCCAAGAUGAGAGGCAUGACAACCAAAAAAGUCCAAGUUCGAACGGAUGAUGACAGCGAGGAGGAUGACGAAGAAUUCUUGUCCCUGGGGGAUGCAGACUUGGGUGAGAUGCAGUUGGAAGAAGAGUUGGAUGACAUUGAGAUGGAAGCAGAAGUCUCCCCUAACAACGAAUACGUCACCGAGGAGGAAGCAGAACAACACUCUUCACAACAUAGCCUUGUUCGUGACGACAAAAGUCAGAUUGACGUUGAAACUGCUCAAGUCUUAUCGAAAAUCCAAGCUCGCAGCGAGUCGGCGGCCAAGUCCAAAACGGCAUCAUUUGCCCCCUAUUCCCGACCGUCGGUCGUGGCUUGGUUGAAGGAGCUGAAAGCACAAGAGGGAAAGCCCAUGAAAGGCGGCAAAUACUGGACUGCCUUGGCGGGCGCAACAGAGGUGGACGAUUCGGGCAUUCUGAUCUUGUGUCCAAAGGAAUACACAGACAAUGUCUUUGUGGAUUACUUGGAAUAUGUAGCUGUCAUUGGCAAUGACAAGAAUCUGGCACCCAAACCCAAAAACGUGGUUUCGCUGAGCAAAGAUGCAUUGACCAUUGAUAUUGCGUCCACGCUGCGGAGGGGAAGAAGAGAGGACACCGUGCAGACGGUCAAAGUCAUGGUGCCCGAACAGUUCUCGUCGUGCAAUAGUAUCAUUCAAGCAUGUCAGAAGCAGUUCCAGGAUGGCAUUCGAGGAGACCCAGCUGGAAAUCCAUUGGGUCGGCUGGCCAAUCGCCGCCUCUUGCACUGCAAUGCUGUCUCAAUAUCAAGUCUUGUUCAUGAUGAAUCCGAGGAGGUGGAAACGGAACGAGUAACAGAUGACAUUGCCAUUCUCGCUGAACGACGCAAUCAACAACAAUACCAAGAAGGUUCAUUCCUAGGUCGAUCCGAGUUGCAAAAUAACCCCUUGACAACGGCGUAUCGCGAGAUCAAUGGAGCCGCUGAUGGUUUUCCUGGUUGGACUGUGGAUCGAUAUGGCAAGUGGCUAUUGGUACAACACGACGACAAAAUGCCACGAGGGCCUUUGCCGUCCAUUCACGAUGGCAAUACUGUGGGAAUCUACUAUCUAACGCACCAUCAGGACCGCAGUGCCAUGGGCAGUGGAGGGGCAACCUUGGAUAGCUCAGUAAGAAUGACCCGACCCAUACUCUUGGAAGGUCAACCUGCACCAGAUGCUAUCGAUAUCCUGGAGAACGGAGUGACAUAUCAAGUUUCUCUUGACAAAGAUCUGUCUACCGGUAUCUUCCUAGACCAGCGUCCACAGCGAGCGUGGCUGACGCGUAACUGCAACGAAGAAACGCACGUGUUGAAUUGCUUCGCUCAUUGUGGCGGCUUCAGCAUUGCCGCGGCGACAGCUGGAGCCAGCACCACCAGCAUUGAUUUGAGCAAGAAAUGGCUGGACAGAGUACAGCCGCAACUGGAAGCGAAUGGUGUACCGUUCGACGACAAGCAUGAUUGCAUCUUCGGUGAUUGUUUUGACUGGUUGGCCAAGCUCGAAAAGCGGGGAGAAAAAUAUGACAUUGUGAUUCUAGAUCCUCCCAGUGCUAGUGUUGGCGGAAAGAAGAAGAAGCGAUGGAGUAUCAAGAAGGAUAUGCCAGAGUUGGUUGCUUUGGCGGCAAAGGUCGUGAAAAAAGGCGGUCUGCUGUUGACGACGACAAACAGUGCAAGCCUUUCGCCUGUAAAGUUUGCUCGGCUCUGUCGUCGCGGGCUCGAAGAUGCUGGUCUGGGGUCAUCCGCAAAGCUAGAACGGAUUCAACCCAUGCCCCAUGACUUCCCUUCAGUUGGUGCCCAACCGGUGAAGAACUUGGUUUGGAGACUGAACUGAGUGUUCCGUUUUUGACAGUGUGACAGUCGAACCCGCCAGUGACCCGUCUAGUUAGCUAG